AUGCCCGUUGGCAAACUCACGACCUGCCUCUGGUUCGAUGGCCAAGCAGAAGAAGCCGCCUUGUUCUACACCUCCAUAUUCAAGAACUCCAAAGUUACGGGGCGCCACUACUAUCCCGAAGCCGGCAAGGAGUUCCACGGGCGCGAGGCCGGCAGCCUCAUGAUGAUCGAUUUCGAGCUCAAUGAUCAGAAGUUCGUUGGCCUCAAUGGAGGCCCCCACUUUAAAUUCACUAUGGCAAUCUCUAUGAUGGUCAACUGCAAAGACCAGGCCGAGGUCGACUACUACUGGGACAAGCUCAGCGAGGGCGGCGAUAAGAAGCAGUGCGGCUGGCUGGUGGACAAGUUUGGCCUGUCGUGGCAGAUUUUGCCUGACGAUUUCCAAAAGAUGCUGAAUAGUCCAGAGAUAGAGAAACGGGACCGUGCGUAUGUUGCUAUGUUGCAUAUGGAGAAGCUUGACAUAGCCGGGCUACGCAAGGCUUUCGACGGGGAAUAA